AAGUCGCUUUGGUGAGCGUUUGAGGAAUUUCAAACGAACUCGCAAAUGGAGAAAUUAUAAUAAACAACCUAUUGAAUGGACGGAGAUCCACUGAAAGAUCUAGCGACAGCAAAACUUACAGCCGAAAUUUUUGAAAAGAAAUACCAUGAAAUAGAAUAUGAAAAAGAGAAAUAUCGUGAAGAAGCUCGUCUAGCUAAAAAUCAUUUGGAAUUAACAGAAACUGCCCUGAAGAAUGCUGAGGAAAAACUCAAAGAGUAUCAAAAGAACAUUGAAAAGUUAGAAAAGGACCUACACACUUACGAAUUAUUAAAACAUCGAAGCCAGGCAGCCGUAGUUGGGCUACAAAAAGUAGCGAGAGAGUCUCAAGACAAUGUUAUUCAUUUAGAAUCACGUCUGAGAAAUCUAACGGAAAGUCAAAAUUCUGAACAAAAAAAUCUUCAAAAAAAGAUUGAUGAAUUCAAUAAAUUUCGUUUAGAACUUGGACGUCGAAUUGGUUUAUCUGAAAUGAAUGCAGACCUUGCUAAUGUUAUGGAGAAAGUUUCACAGCGUUUAGAUGAAGCGGCUCUACUUGAACUUAAAUGUACACAGAAUACAUCUAAUUUGAAUAGAACCAUUAUAGAAUUAAAUUCAAUAAAACGAAGUACAGAUGAAGUGACCAAGAGAAGUGAAGAAUACAUACAAGAAAGGAAAAUACUUAAUGAAAAAAUAAAUUUGCUUGAGGCCAAAAAUGCAGAUUUAACUUCACAAUUAACAUUAUUACAAAAUAUGUCACAAGCAAAAGAAAUUAUCAUUAAAGAUCUACGUAAUCAAAUAGAUGGAUUACAAAAUAAUAAACAAUUAAUUGAAGAAAGAAAUAAACAAACUGCAUUCAAACUUCAAAUAGAAAGUACACAAAUGAAAGCUUUAUUAACAUCACUUUCUGCAUCUUUAUCAACAAUUGAUAAACCAUGUGAACCAACUGAAAUAGGUGUCAAAGAAUCUAUAGUGAGAAUUUUAGAUCAAAAUGUUCAAAUGCGUGAGGCUGGAAAUAAUUUUCAAAGUAAAGUACUUGAACUUCAAAAUCAAUUUGAAGCGCAACAUAAAGCUGGUUUAGCAAUGAAUACAGAAUUGAAACAGGCAAGAGAACGAGUACAACAAGCUGAAACUGAUUGUGCACGAAUAGAAACUGAGUUAUCAGGUCUUCAUCUUCUAUACAAGCAAGAUCAGGAAUUAAAAGAGAAAGUGAAAUCGUUGUUGAUCCAACUGUGCGAUUAUUUGAGCAUACAAAUCGAUCAUCAAGAGGCUAAACCAACUGAAAUGAUUUCAGCUUGUCUAGAUCGUAUUGAGCAUCUAUUAAAUAGAGGUUGCUUACCAUGGGUAUGUGUUCAGUCAAGUGAAAUACGUGAUCAUCAUCAUUUUAAAAAUCAUGAACCAUUAGUUCCAAAUGAACAAUUUGUUCGGAAUUCUGAUUAUCCAAAUAAAUGUUUACAUGAUCUAGAAUGUCAUCAGUCACAUUUACCAUGCCAUUUACAGAUGAGCAAGGAGCUGUCAGAAAAUGAUUGUGAUCAUAAACAGAUUGAAUAUAUAACAGAUCAAAUUAUAAUGAAACAAGGUCAGUUAUCAUUAAAAGAUUGGCGAUCAAUCAAAAACUUGUGUAACUUAUGUAAUGAGAAAUUAAUAAAAUGUUUUUCUGAUCAACUGAGUGAAUUAUUUGAACAAAUAACAGAAAUUCAUAAGGCAAAUGCACAAAAUCCGAAGUGUAAUGACCAAAUUUUAGCUAAAUUACAAGAAGAACUUGAAAGUAAACAGAUAGAAUUGAAUGAUGUCAAAAAUAACUUCGAAUCACAAAUUUCAGAUAGAGAUAAACAAAUUGAAAAAUUGAAUGGAUCUUUGAAACUUCAAAUACAAAAAACGGAGAAAUUUCAAAAAUUAAUUGAACAACAACAUUCAAAUUCACAAAAUAAACAUGAAGCAUUUAAAAUGGCAAAAAGUUUAUUAGUUAAUGUACAUGCUAAAAAGAAAGAACUCGGGACAUUUCGGGAUCUUAUCGGAAGAAUGCUGGAUGUGGAUACGCGAUUUUCUCCAAAUCCUGAUAUGAUGAUAUUUCAACGACUUCAACAACUGAUAGACUUUGCAGUUUCUAGCCGUUUAACAUCAAUUCAACCUAAUAUAACAACCUCAUUUAGUAACACCCUUAAUAAUACAUUUUAUCCUUUUAUAAAUUCUUCUAAAUCAACAAUGAGUCAAAUCCCUAUUAAACCGUUAAGUUCUACGUAUACAAACAACCUAGCUCUACCGUUAUGGGAUAAACAUCGUGAAGGCCACUUGGACUUGCAGUCAAAACACCAAGGAAAAAUUAGGCCUACAUCAGAUGAAAUGACUCAAGCAGAAAGUGAGAAAAAACAAAUACACCGACAAAGUGUGCAAGAAAAUAAAUCAAAAGCCUCCACUAAAUCCACAUCUAAUGUACCGAAGAAAUCAGAAUCCCGCAUUCAAAAGGAUGACCGUCAAUACUAGGAAAAUAUUCACAUGACACUACUACCUCAGGAAGUAGGCACUUUAUUUAAAAUACCUCAAAAACACUUAUAAUACCAACAAUAGAUUAUUGCUCAAAGUCCAAACCUUUUAACUUAAAGUAAGAAUUGGGAGUAGAUCUCAUGUCCAAUGCUAGCCAGAUAUAACAAGCUUAGAAACAGAC